UAGUUUAUAUUCCUCCUUCAUCUUCGUUCCAUUUCUUCCACCACCGCAAAACCCUAAUUUCAUUUCCACAACCAAAAACCUCACUCACUCUCUACCAUCACCUCACAAUGCCUCCAAAGCUCGACCCAUCACAGAUCGUCGAAGUUUACGUCCGUGUCACCGGAGGCGAAGUCGGCGCCGCCAGUUCCCUCGCUCCCAAGAUCGGACCACUCGGUCUCUCUCCAAAAAAGAUCGGAGAAGACAUCGCCAAAGAAACCGCAAAAGACUGGAAGGGUCUCCGUGUCACAGUCAAGCUCACCGUCCAGAAUCGUCAAGCGAAGGUUGCGGUUGUUCCCUCCGCGGCGGCGCUGGUGAUUAAGGCAUUGAAGGAACCAGAGAGAGAUAGGAAGAAGACUAAGAAUAUUAAGCAUAAUGGGAAUAUUUCGCUUGAUGAUGUUAUUGAGAUUGCGAAGAUUAUGAAGCCGAGAUCUAUGGCGAAGGAGCUUGCGGGUACUGUGAAGGAGAUUCUUGGGACCUGUGUUUCUGUUGGGUGUACUGUUGAUGGGAAAGAUCCAAAGGAUUUGCAACAAGAGAUUGAUGAUGGUGAUGUUGAGAUUCCUCUAGAAUAAUCAUUUUUAUGUUGUUUUGUUUCAUGAAUUUUCGUUUUGGUUUUUUCUGUAUCUGUUUUUAUGGCAAUUUUGUUGAAUGAAGUUAGUUUGGAAUUCAUAUAAUGGAAUUGAAAAUGUUAUGCUUUUGUCAUAUUGGAUGAUUGUUUUUAUUGACAAGAGAUAAUUUUGCGA